AAGCUAACCUAUUUUUGACGUCAAAUCAAUGCAACGCGAUUUUACAUUAUCUAUACAUUUGAAACAAUUUUUGAGUCUAUGGAAAAAAUUGUUUGAAGUUUGAUUGGUAUUCAAUGCAAUUGCAGUUUUUACGUAUUUCUUGCAAUUUAUAUUAAUAAAACUGUUCAAAAAUGGCUCUGUACUGUGCAAUAUCGAACGAAGUCCCGGAGGUUCCCGUCGUGUCUCCCACGUCGGGAGCAGUGUUUGAAAAGCGUAUCAUAGAAAAAUAUAUAAUUGAGAAUGGCGUGGACCCCAUCAACGGCAAGGAGCUGAGGGUUGAGGACCUCAUUGAAAUAAAAACUCCAGCAAUAGUCAAGCCAAAACCACCGAGUGCCACUUCAAUCCCGGCCACUUUGAAGAGCAUGCAGGAUGAGUGGGAUGCCCUGAUGCUGCACACCUUCACACAACGGCAGCAGUUGCAGACAGCUAGACAGGAGCUGAGCCACGCGUUGUACCAACACGACGCGGCGUGUCGAGUAAUCGCGCGUCUCACAAAGGAGGUGACGGCCGCGCGUGAGGCCCUCGCUACACUCAAACCGCAGGCCGGCAUCGUCGCACCCCAGCCUGCACACCAGGCGGAGGCGGCGUCUGGGUUGUCGUCGGGCGCGGCGCCGGUGGGCAUGUCGGCGGAGGUGGUUGCGCGGCUGCAGGAUCGCGCCACCGCACUCACGCAAGAGCGCAAGCGGCGCGGCCGCACUGUACCCGAGGGACUCGUCUCUGCCGAUCAGAUACGAGGCUUCCUCACUCUUGCCUCACAUCCUGGUCUCCACUCAGCCAGUGUGCCAGGCAUUUUAUCUCUAGACAUCAACCCAUCGGACCACAGCAAGCUGCUGACAGGUGGCAACGACCGCAAUGCCACUGUCUUCAACAAGGAUACAGAGCAAGUGGUAGCCAUCCUGAAGGGCCACACCAAGAAGGUGACGCGCGUCAUAUACCACCCGGACGAGGACACCGUCAUCACAGCGUCGCCGGAUCACACUAUUCGUGUAUGGAAUGUGCCGACAUCUCAGACCACGGUGACACUGCGCUCUCACGACGGCCCGGUCACAGGUCUGUCGCUCCAUCCAACAGGGGAUUAUGUGCUGUCCACCUCCACCGACCAACACUGGGCCUUCUCCGACAUCCGUACUGGGCAGCUGCUCACUAAGGUCAGCGACUUCUCUGGUGUGAGCCUGACCACAGCGCAGUUCCAUCCCGACGGUCUCAUCUUCGGUACGGGAACAGAGAACUCGCAAGUGAAGAUCUGGGAUUUGAAGGAACAAAGCAAUGUGGCAAACUUCCCUGGACACGUGGGUCCAGUGACGUCGAUAUCAUUCUCAGAGAACGGUUACUACCUCGCCACUGCGGCUGAGGACGCGUGCGUCAAACUCUGGGACUUGAGGAAACUAAAGAACUUCAAAACAAUUCAGCUGGAAGAGAACUACGCCAUCAAGGAACUGUGCUUCGACCAGAGCGGCACGUACCUGGCCAUCGCGGGUACAGACGUGCGAGUGUACCUGUGCCGCCAGUGGCAGGAGCUGAAGGUGUUCAACGACCACACAGCGUCGGCGACGGGCGUACGGUUCGGCAAAAACGCGCAGUACAUCGCCUCUACGAGCAUGGACAGGACGCUCAAACUCUACGGCAUAGAAUAGGAAUAGACUUAGGUUUAGGGUUAAGGAUGCUCGUGUUUGUGGAUGAGUGAGGGACUGCGUGGGUGCUACUAGAAGCUCCCGGAGGAUUUUACACGAAAUAUGUCUAUGGCUAGUGGCGUGCUUGCCUCUGAAUGUCGAUUUAUAUUGAUUUCAGACAGUCAAAAUGAAUUAUAAAUAUUCUUCAUUUUUGCAAAAAUAAAAAAUAAAAAUUAUGAGUGAAUAUUUCAUUUGAUCAUGUAUUCUCAAUACUUCUCUAGCAUAUAAGUCGAUGCCUAUUACAAUUGUUGUAAAUUUGUAAAUCAAGGUGUUUCGAUAUUUAUACAUUUCAUGACAAUUCGACCACGAAAGUGAAGUUUACUCAGAAAAUCUGUAGUAACAUUUGCAUAAAGCAUCGGCAAAGUACAAUUGAAUUAAGAUUUUAUUUGAUAUUUAAACUUGGCAUUAAAAAAAUAUUCUCCAUAUCAGAGUUAUCCCAUUAUCAUAAUGAGUGUGCCAUCCACAGAAUUUCAUUCAUGAACACGAGUAAAAUCAAAUUUAAUAAUGACAAAAUAAUUAUAAGCCUAGAGAAGAAUAAAAACCCAAGCUAACUUAAGUUGAGGAGAUACUGACUCAUUCCCGUAAUUAAAUUUAAUAAUGCGUCAAUUUUAGCGUAUUUGCUGGCUUCUAUAAACAUGUGCUAUUACAAAUAUGAUUGUAACUGAAUAUUCAUAUCCAUUUUGGUCUUAUAAAAAUUUUGUUUGAGUUAUUCUGAGGAGUAUACACUUAUGUAAAAAAAUCUUGAUAUGCAUUCAAAAUACUUGGUGCUCUAAUAAUGUAACUUACAUCUACACGUAACGAGACUAACGGUGAAUAGAAAUAUAGUUAUGAAAGCUAAGUAUAAUAGAAAAAAAAAAUUAAUGUCAUGAAAUUGGCAAAAAAAAAUUGGAGAAUUGAAUAAAUUUAGAAUAAAUUAAUUAAACUUUGGUUAAGACCAUAUGCGGAUUCAGCAAGGUGCCCUUGGGGAUAUAUUAUUAUAGUUUUAAGUGUGUUUGUAUAGGAACCCUUGGCCAAUUUUUAUAUGAUUAAAUGUGUUUAAAUAAAGAUAUGAACAUGCUUGC